GCAGGUUAUUACGUAGACCGCUCUAGUAAUAAUCUAGGCGCUUCCAUAUUUCUUCCAUUUCUCAAUGGCGCUAAAUCUGCACGUAUGAACUUCAAAUGCUUACACAUUUUUCAUAGCCUUUGACCAUCCAUAUCUUUACUUCAUCUCGAAUGUGUAUGGAGAGGUUGCUAUAAGGCCUUCGUAGCUUGUUUCUCGCAAAUGUGUGUACUAAUCACUUAAUUGAACCUGUUCUUGAAAUAUCAAGGAUGAUCUACGGAACCAAGAUUUAAUUGAGCUCUAUUUGCAUUGUAAUCCCCAAAUGUAGACCGUGCAGAUUUAUGUCAAAACAAAAACAAAAACAUUAAAUUGAAAUGAAAUCAAAGACAACAUGAAGUGUCGACUCGAUCUCCUCCUAUUCCGACCGACUGGAGGAAGGAGCGGAUUAAUAAGUGACUAAAUCAAAGGGAUCUUUGAAACGGGAUAUUACACGGUGCUAAAGCAACACCACGCUAAAUUGCACGAAGCCAGCGUCAGGCAUAAUUUGACAGGUAUGUCUGUCUCAAUUGCUCGACAGCCCGUAAACAUCGAUGAUGAAGAAAUUAAGGAUGUAGAUGCUAACAACGACAAAGAGGAAGAUGACAAGGGGAAAGACAAGAAAAAUGUUCAGAACGCAAGUAAUAGUAGUUUGAACCCAGCGUUUGAGGCGGUCGAAGUUAAAAACGGAGCAGCAAACGACAGUUCUUCGGGAACCUGCAGCCGCUGGAUGGUCACAUUGGCGCUCUGUUUGUCCUCUCUGGGACUGGGCAUGAGCAUUUCUGUUGUGGGCCCCACCUUUGAGGACCUUGCCAUCAACGUCAACCAGGACAUCAGUAACAUCUCCUACAUUUUUGUAGGCCGUGCUGCUGGGUACUGUGGUGGCUCGUUAUUUGGAGGGAUUCUCUUUGAAUACUUAAACCCUCAUUUGCUGCUGGGAUUAUCCAUGUUGGUCACAGGAAUUGGCACGUGUGCCAUCCCCUUCUGUAAGAAGGCUGCUAUUCUCACUAUCAUGAUGUGUGGUAUCGGAGCUACUAUGGGUAUUUUAGACACGGGUGGGAAUGUCCUCAUCCUGAACACAUGGCGUAAGCAAGCUGGACCUCACAUGCAAGCAUUCCACUUCAGCUUCGCUGUUGGAGCUUUCGCUUCGCCCAUCAUCGCUAAGCUGAUUUUCGGAACAGAUCGGAUCCCUGACAGAAACAUCAGCACAGUAGCCAUGGUAACCUCCCCACCCUUAACUGACCGGGUCUCCGAAGCCCCCUUGAACUUUCUUUACGAAACCCAAAGAUGGACCACCGACCUCAAAUCCUUGUGGUCCUAUGUUGUGAUUGGGUUCUUCAUCUUCCUGGUCUCCCUCCUCUUCUUUACUAUGUACUGCCGGAGCACCAUGUCUCGUGACACGCUCCAGACGCAAGCAGCUAAGCCUCAGGUGUCCAAGAGCCACAACGCUCUCAUCAUCAUGCUCUUCUGGUUCUUCUUCUGGUACGUUGGAGCCGAGGUGGCCUACGGCUCCUUCAUCUUCACCUUCGCCAAGGAUUACGCCCACAUGGAGCAGUCUCAGGCCGCAGGCCUUAACUCUUUAUUCUGGGGGAUGUUUGCAGCUGGCCGGGGCCUGGCUAUCUUCUUUGCUACCUGCAUGCACCCAGGCACUAUGAUCCUGCUGAGUCUGUUGGGCUGCAUGCUGUCCUCCCUGCUACUCACAUUCUUCAACAACGUGCAGCUGGUCCUCUGGAUCUGCACAGGGCUUUACGGCAUCUCCAUGUCCACCACCUUCCCCAGUGGGAUCUCCUGGGUGGAGCAGUACACCACAGUGACUGGCCGCUCGGCCGCCGUGUUUGUGGUGGGCGGUGCCCUGGGGGAGAUGGUGCUGCCUGCUCUCCUGGGCUUCCUCCUGGGGACGAACAUCCGGGAUUAUCCCCUGCUCAUGUACCUGACCCUGGUCACAGCCAUCAUCACCGCCAUCCUCUUUCCCAUCAUGUACAAGUUGGCCACUGGCUCAAGCAGAAAACCCAGUGUCAAGAGCCAGACGCAGGCUGAGAAUGACUACUGCCAAGCACAGCUAGACUCAGGGGCCGGAUGAAGAAGAGAAGAAAGAUGAGGCCUACCAGUGGAAUUACACAACAGGUCAAUUUAAAUGCAUUGGCUCUUGUCGUAAACAAUUAUAACACAGUAUUAACAGUCCCAGAAGUGAUCUAUCUUUGAUGUUUUGUAGAUCUAUGUAGAAGUGACCAAGAACAGAAUUCUGGGCAGUGUUUAGCGUCAGUGCCAUUGUCUUUUUUGCAAACACGAUUUUGUCAGCACAUUGUAAGAUUUUCAAAGUACCGUGAAAACGAUUUGUAAGAAGUAAUACAUAUAUUUACAUGAAAGUCUGAAUAUUGUGAUUAGACUUUAAGGUAGGCAGUAUUUUGUUCACCACACAUUGUCUAAACCAAUGAAAUGAUUUACCGAUAUCUUACAAUCAUCAUCUCCACCAUAUUUUCAUUAAUCAGUGAUACACCAGACCAUUAAAUUAAGUUAACC